AUGGCGGAAAUGGAUGAAGUCAACAUCAAUCUGCCGUGCUUCUUGAAGUUCAUCGAGUCUCGCAGCUUUGCUCUCCAGUCAGCCCAGACAUCCCGACCGAAGGCAAGUGUUCCCUACAAACCACCUUCCAAGGCGCCCCUUCUAAUCAGAGGCGCUUCCGCAUUCGUCGCCACGAAUUCGUCGUUUUGCGAUGUGUGCCAUAAACAGAACCAUCAACUCUACCAAUGUGGAGGAUUCCACCUGCGGAAAUGGGCUUCGAACAGUGCAACAGUGUUAGAAGAAGUUCCUGAUGAAGAUCGAGAAGUGAAAAUUUCUAUAGUGGACAACGGAAGCAGUACCAUCAAGGCACUCGGUAUGCAAUGGCAGCCGUGCAGUGACGAGCUCCACUUCACUUACCAGCUAAACGAGAUCCUUCAGCCCACAAAGCGAAUAAUACUAUCGCAAAUUGCCAGCUUAUUUGACCCCCUCGGCCUUCUCUCUCCUAUCAUCGUAAAGGCUAAACUGGUAAUGCAGCGAAUGUGGGAGCUGAAGGUGGCCUGGGAUGCAAAUCCCCCCGGUGAGUUGAUCAACGAUUGGCUUAUUUUGGUGCAAAAGUUCUCGCUUCUCAAUUCGUUUCAGAUUCCCCGAAAUGUUAUCGACAUGAGAAACUGGACUCGUCUCUACCUGCACGGCUACUGUGACGCAUCCGAGGUUGCAAUGGGCGCCUGUGUCUACAUUCGAGCCGUGGACGAUGAUGGCAAUACUUCCUCCCAUCUACUCUGCGCUAAAUCCAAGCUGGCACCUAUAGGCAACGGCAAAACAACCACACCUCGGCUGGAGUUAUGUGCAGCUGUUAUUCUCGCCAGGCUGAUCUCCAACGUAAAAGAUGCUCUUUCCACUACGACAUUCUAUGAGAUUCGUGCUUUCUCCGAUUCGAAAGUUGUACUGGCAUGGCUGGCCGGUGGCGCGGCAAGGUGGAAGACCUUCGUCGCUAAUCGUGUUGCCGAAAUUUCUACACAUCUGCCGUCUAUCAAUUGGUAUCACGUCGGCACUCUUCUCAAUCCCGCUGAUCUGAUCUCCCGUGAAGCAUUUCCCGAGCAGCUUCAAGAAAAUAUUCUCUGGUGGCAUGGACCGUCAUGGGAGCCACUGAAUGUGAGUGAUGAGUCAGCAUCACAAGCCGAUCUCGAUCCUGGCGAACGGCGUCAAAUGGACAGAGAGCAGCGAACCACAACAUUAGUGUGUUUGACUGUGUAUGAAAACCGAUUCUUGGAUGACAUGAUGGCUAGAUACUACCCGAGGCUGCAGCUUCUGCUGCGUAUCACGGCAAGAAUGCUACGUUUCAGGCACCCAGAGUAUCGCAGCGCCACUCCACUCUCUCUAGAUGAAAUUGAUUUUGCCUUGGAGAAGUACCUGCCACACACACAACAAAAACAUUUUUCGGAGAAAUUAGCCGACUACGAAGAGGCCUCAGCGUUGAACGUAGCAGUCCCUUACACCAGCUCAAUCCAUUUCUGGAUAAAAACGGUGUCGUCAGGGUGGGCGGAAGGUUGCAGCUAUCUGACUUGACCUACGACAACAAGCAUCCGAUCUUGCUGCCUCGUCACGCAAUAUUGACAACGCUCAUUCUCCUACACGAGCAUCAAGAGCAUCUUCACUGCGGCCCUCAGUCGUUAUUGGCAAUCGUACGAACGCGGUUCUGGAUAGUGCGAGGCAGUAGUGCUUCACGUAAAGUGUGUCGGGAUUGUACUAAGUGUAAUCGAACCCGACCUGUACGAUUGACACAACAAAUGGGACCGUUGCCAGCAGAUAGUUGAAACCACUUCCACCGUUUGUUAUAACUGGAGUUGAUUAUGCCGGCCCGGUAAGCAUCAUAGGGCGACGAGCUCGCGGAGCAAUACCUUCCAAAGGCUACAUUGCCCUUUUUGUUUGCUUCGGAACACGAGCAGUGCAUAUGGAGGCGGUCAGCGAUCUCAGUACAUCGUCCUUUCUUGCGGCUUUCACAAGAUUCACGAGUCGCUACGGAGUACCAAGCAAGAUGUAUUCGGAUAAUGCUACAAAUCUUCGAGGAGCCGCGAAAAUUCUCCGAGAAUUAUACCACCAGAUCGAUGCCAACGAGCACAGCGACGAGGUUAGCAGAUUCUUCACCGACAAACGAGUGCAAUGGCUUUUCAUACCCGCUCGCUCUCCACAUCAUGGCGGGUUGUGGGAGGCUGGUAUCAA